AUGAGAUUGAUCCUGAUCUUUGCUGUUUUGUGUUUCUUCUACAAUGAAACAUAUGGGAAAGUUUCAUUAGAUAUCGACAAGAAAUUGGGAACUCUUAAUAAGCCCGCGUUGAAGACCAUCAAGAGUGAAGAUGGAGAUGUAAUAGACUGUAUAGAUAUCUACAAACAACAUGCUUUUGAUCAUCCCGCCUUAAGAAAUCAUAAGAUUCAGAUGAAACCUAGUGUGGAGUUUGAUACAAAGAAGACCACUACUCCAAACAACGGUUCUUCUAAACCAAUCACGUCCCAGAUUUGGUCCAAAUCUGGAAACUGUCCCGUAGGGACGAUACCAGUUCGUAGAGUCAGUAGAGCAGACAUAAUGAGAGCCUCUUCACCGUCUCAUUUUGGAAGAAAAACUCAUCACAGAUACAGUUUUCUCGACAACGCACUUCAACACAAGGCCAAUUUCAAUCUAACUGCUGAACGAUUACGCGAACCCUUAAACAACCGAUCGGAAGCGAUCAUUGUGGCUCUAGGGUUCAAUUUUCUUGGAGCUCAAUCCGAUAUAAACAUCUGGAACCCUCAGGGAGUUCAGGCUGGUGACUACAGUUCUGCUCAGAUCUGGCUACUAGGUGGCGUUUCAAAUACAUUUGAGAGCAUAGAAGCUGGUUGGAUGGUGAAUCAAAGAGUUUUCGGAGACUCUCGCACUCGUCUCUUCGCCUCCUGGACUAAAGAUGCAUAUACUAAAACAGGAUGCAUUAACCUCUUAUGCUCUGGAUUUGUGCAAACAAGUACUAAGUUUGCCCUGGGUGCAACCGUUGAACCCGUUUCGAUUCUCGGGGGUGCACAAUAUUUCAUCGCCGUUAGCAUAUAUUUGGAUCCAAACAGUGGGAACUGGUGGCUGACUUGCGCAAACAACGUGAUGGGUUACUGGCCGGGGAUACUCUUCAACGCCCUCAAACACAGUGCAACCGCAGUGCAGUGGGGUGGAGAAGUCUAUAGCCCUAACCUGAUGAUGACGAAGCCACACACAAAAACUCCAAUGGGGAGUGGAAAUUGGGCAUCCACCCGGUGGAAUCGUGCUUGUUUCCACACCAACCUUAGGAUCAAGGACUUUUCCAUGCAGGUCAAGUACCCUCAGUAUCUAUCCGAGUACGUGGAUGAGCACUACUGUUAUUCUACAAGGCUCUUCAGGGACACCUACAUGUCAGAACCGCACUUCUACUUUGGAGGACCUGGCCAGAAUCCUCAGUGUCCUUGA